AAUACGUGCUUAAAGGGUACUUUCGUCAUUAAGUAGUUAUAUCUUCAUUCUCUCUCUCCUAAAGCCCACUUUUAAUAACCUAAAACAACAAAACUCUUUUGUCCAAAAAAAAAAAAACAAAACUCUUUCACACAUAAACAGAGUAUAAACGCCGAGAGAGAAGGAGAUCUACGCGAAGAAGAUAUUAUGCGACGAAAAUGAGGAAGCCGAAACUAUACUAAGUGAAUCUAAGAAGAGACUAAGCGCGUGCUCUUUAAAAAGCAUCUUUGAUCACCGACGAGCGAUUUCGAUUCAGUUUUUUGUUUUUUUUUGGGUUGUGAGAGAGCGUGAGACGAAGGAACUUUGGUGUACACAUCUUUCUUGUGUUUUUGUUUGUAAUUAAAAAAAAAAUGGAGGUUGUGGCAAAGAGUAACUCGAAACGUAUGUAUUCAUGGUGGUGGGAUAGUCACAAUACCCCCAAAAAUUCUAAAUGGCUUCAGGACAAUCUUGCAGAUAUGGAUAGUAAUGUGAAGAAAAUGAUCAAGGUUCUUGAAGAAGAUGCAGAUUCUUUCGCCAGGAGAGCUGAGAUGUAUUACCGUAGACGUCCUGAGCUUAUGCAAUUGGUAGAAGAGUUUUAUCGCGCGUAUCGCGCAUUAGCGGAAAGAUAUAAUCAUGCAACAGUCGUAAUCCAUAAGGCUCAUCAGACUAUAGCAGAAUCGCUCCCAAACCAAGUUUCCUUCAUAUUUGGUGAUGAGUCACAUGCUGGUGCUUUGGCAAAUGACGGUGACCCACAAACACCAGAUAUGCGUCCUCCUAUUCGAGCUCGGGGUGACCCGGAUGAGAUGCAAACAGAUGCUUUAUCUCAUGUUCCGUUUGGGAGUAAUGGAAAAGCAAGAAAGGGACUGAAUUUUGAUGAUGUUUCAGAAUCUGAACGAGCUAGCAAAGCUGAGGCUGAAGUUGUGGCUUUGAAAGAGUUCAUUUCUAAAAUGGAGGCUGAAAAGGAAGCUAGCUUAGCUCAGUUUGAGAAGAGUUUGGAGAGACUCUCAAAUCUAGAAUCUGAGAUAUCUCGUGCACAAGAGGACUCAACGAGACUUAAUGACAAAGCUGUGAGUGCAGAAGCUGAGAUCCAAAUACUCAGAAAUGUCAUUGAGAAGCUAGAGUCUGAGAAGGAAUCCAGCCUUCUUCAAUAUCAGCAAUGCCUUCAGAGGAUAGCUGAUUUGGAAGAUGGUAUCUCUGUAGCCCAUAAGGAAGCUGGAGAAGUAAAUGAGCGAGCCAGCAAAUUUGAAGCUGAAACUCUCGCCUUGAGGCAGAGCCUUGCUGAGGCUGAAACUGAAAAGGAAGCUGCUCUGGAGCAAUACAGGCAAUGCUUGACAACAAUAUCUAACUUAGAAGAGAGACUGAGUAAGGCUGAGGAAGAUGCAUGGGCUAUCAAUGAGCGGGCUGAAAUGGCUGGUGUAGAAGUUGAAAACUUGAAGCAAACAGUCUCCAAAUUGAUUGAGGAUAAGGAAGCUUCAGAACUUCAGUACCAACAGUGCCUGAAUAUAAUUGCUGAUCUAAAACUUAAACUAUACUCUGCUCAAGAAGAAACCAAAAGGCUUAGCAGUGAAUUAGAGGAUGAAGUUGCUAAACUGAAGUUUUCUGAGGAGAAAUGUACUGUGCUUGAGAGAUCAAACCAGAAUCUUCACUCGGAGCUGGAUGGUCUUUUGGAGAAACUGGGGAAUCAAAGUCAGAAGCUCACGGAGAAGCAAACAGAGCUGGUCAAACUGUGGAGUAAUGUACAAGAAGAGCAUUUGCGUUUCCAGGAAGCUGAGACCGCGUUUCAAACCCUGCAGCAAUUGCACUCUCAUUCUCAAGAGGAGCUAAAUAAUUUAGCCGUGGAGCUUCAGACCAAGUCCCAAAUCAUGAAUGACUUGGAGAUCCGAAACAAUGAGCUGCAUGAGGAAAUUCAGCAAGCCAAGGUUGAGAACAAAGGUCUCAAUGAGCUCAAUCUCUCUUCGGUAGCAUCAGUGAGAAGUCUGCAAGAGGAUGUCUCAAGUUUAAAGCAAAGAAUACUAAAGCUUGAAGCAGAAGUUGAAUUAAGAGUGGAGGAGAGAAAUGCUUUGCAGCAAGAAAUAUAUUGCCUUAAAGAGGAGUUAGUCCAAGAGAGAUACUCAACUUUAAAAGAGAGUAAUGAGAUAGAAGAAAGAAAAAUGAUGGCACUUGUAGAGAAGCUGGAAACUAUGGAAAAACUUGUUCAGAAAAACCUUUUGUGGGAAAACUCUAUCUCAGAUUUGAAUUUUGAGUUAGAAGCAGUCAAAGGAAAGCUCAAUAAGUUGAAGGAAGCUUGUCAGUCACUUUCUGUAGAGAAUUCAGGUCUUGUUUCUGAAAAUCAUCACAGCGCCAUUGAGAACAUCGUCCUGGUUGAGUUUUUUCGACAGGUUAAAUCAGAAGCAGAGAAGAAGGGGAUUGAGAGUACGGCAAGGAAGACGAUUGACAACUUAAUAGAUGCAGAAACUGAGAAUUUGCAGUUGAAGAGAAACCUCCUUUCUAUCAGAUCAGCCAAAGAUCAUUUAGAAGAUGAGGUAGCUAAUAUGAAGGAUCAGUUGCAUGAGAAGGAGAAGAAACUUGAAGAAAUGAAAAUGGAGGUUUUCAAAGAGAGGGGUCAAGUUGAAUUGUGGGAGUCUCAAGCUGCAACAUUCUUCUCCGAUAAAGAGGUCUCAGCAGUACACGAAACAUUGAAUGAAACGAUGACUCAUGAGGUAGCUGAAGCCUACAACAGUCUUAAAAGUAGAAGCGCAUCAAAAGAUGUGGAUAUGGACAAGCGUAGAGGAGCCCAAGCUAUUGUCUUGUUGAAUGAAAGCAUUAGAUCUUUGGAGGAUUAUGUUUUCGUUAGUGAACUUUCAAAGGGAGCUGAAUCAAAGAAUGAAUCCCCCAAGGUGGAAGAUAUGUGUCUGAGAAUCAAAGCUAUUGCAGAGGCAGUAAAGGAGAAGGAAAAGCUUUUGAUGCUUGAGAACUCAAACGCCUACUCUAUGCUCGAGACAGCACUGAAACAAGUCAAAGAACUAAAAACCGGUAGUGGAGGAAGAAGCAUGAGGAAGCUGCAAGAAAGAGGAAGUAUCAAAACUCGGAAGCCGAGUAACGAAAUCGAGAUUAUAACCAAAGAUAUAGUCCUUGAUCAAACUUCUGAUGGAUCAUCAUAUGAGAUCACAAGCAAGAAAGACACCUUGGAGCUGGAUAGCCACAGUUUCUUCGAGUUAAAGCCGGUAAAAACUCACAAGACAGAAACAGCAGUUAAAGUGAAAGCCAAAGGUAAGUCUCUGUCUGAAGAGUCAUUGAUUGUCGAUAAACUAGAGAUUUUCGAUGGAUUCAUGGAUCCGAACAUAGAAGUAAACAAGAGGAAAGUUCUAGAGAGACUGGGUUCUGAUUUAAAGAAGCUGGAGAAUCUUCAGAUCACUGUAAAAGAUUUAUCAAACAAAGUCGAAACAGAGGAGAAUGAAGAAUACGCAACGAUCAAAGGUCAGCUCAAAGAAGCAGAGGAAGCAGUAGAGAAACUGUUUAACGUGAAUCAGAAGCUGUCCACGAAGGUUGAAUCAGAGAAGGAUGGUAACAGAAGCAGGAGGAUAUCUGAACAUGCGAGAAGAGGUUCGGAGAAGAUUGGGAGGUUACAGUUGGAGAUACAGAGGAUUCAGUUUCUGUUGAUGAAACUUGAAGGAGAAAAAGAGAGUAAAGCUAAUAAGUCUAAGGUCUCAGAUACUAAGUCUAAAGUUCUUCUAAGGGAUUACAUCUAUGGUGGAACAAGAAGUGUUUCAAUGAAGAAGAAGACGAAGAAGAGGACUGCCUUUUGCGGCUGCGCUCAGCAGUCACCGUCUCCGUGA